AUGCAACAUUCUACUCUCACUCGUUUCAUUAUCAUCUUUUUCAUAAUUCUUCACAUAGCUCAAGCGUACAGACUUACGGUUUUACUAAAUUUUUUCUCUAUCUGUCGUGUAUAUGUAACGGAUUGUAAUGGUAAAACUUUAAGAAAUGCUGGAUGGAAAGAUUGUAAUAAUAAUGAAUGGUACUGGGAUGAGGCACCUGAAACAUAUUGCUUGCAUAUAUUUCCUUUAUCAGAUGGAGAUGAUAAUAGAUGGCAACAAGGAUAUAAAGAUGACUGCAUUGGCGUCUAUGGUGAUCUGUUUAAAUGGACAAUGGUUAAAUGCUAA